CAACCUUUGAUACCAGGCGAGAAACGGCAAGGACUACCAAGGAUCUGAACAAAGAUCUUCAACUGCCAGCAGGAGCACAGAGUGAAGACAGUGCUGGAAAAGACUGCAUCUGGUUUACACAAUCAGAUUAUCUUGCUCACCCGGCUCUGAUGCCAUAUUCCCCUGGAACAGCAUGUGGAGUCACCGGCUGAUGCGUCUCUUUCCGGAGGCCAAGAAAUUCAUAGGAAAGGCCACUAAUGGACAGCAUUAUGGGUCAGCCAGGUUCUGCAGAUCACCUGGGGUAGGAAAUCGCUGGCUCAGCACAGCUCCAGCAGCACAGGAGUGCUCCUGGGUCCUGCAAAAAGAUCACUUUGAGCUGCUUUACUCUGGAACAUGUAUGCGUUUUGACUAUGUGUGGCUGAGGGAUCAUUGCCGGUCAGCAUCUUGCUACAACGCCAAAACCAACCAGCGUAGUUUGGACACAGCCAGCGUGGAACUGAACAUCAGACCUGCACAGGUCCGAGUAGAUGAGGCCACACUAUAUCUAACAUGGCCAGAUGGGCACAUGACCAAAUAUGGGUUAGACUGGUUGUCACAAAAUAGCUAUGAAGGACAGAAGCAGCAGCCUGUUCAGCCUCGAAUUUUAUGGAAUGCAACCAUUUACAAGGAAGCAAAUGUGCCAUCCGUCAGCUUUUCUGAUUUUCUUGGGACAAAUGAAGGCCUUCGAGAGUUUCUGAAGAACUUCUUACUGUACGGCAUUGCCUUUGUUGAUGAUGUUCCACCAACUCGGGAGGAUACAGAAAGGGUGGCGCAGAGAAUUAGUCAUAUCCGGGAGACAAUUUAUGGUAAAAUGUGGGACCUCACAUCUGACUUCUCGCGGGGAGACACAGCCUACACAAAACUGGCCCUUGAUCGGCACACAGAUACCACCUACUUCCAGGAACCCUGUGGCAUGCAGCUAUUCCACUGUCUGCGGCAUGAAGGAACAGGAGGACGCACCUUGCUGGUGGAUGGCUUUUACGCUGCUGAACAAGUUCGACAAUUUUACGUAGAAGACUUUAACCUCCUCAGUACUGUGCCUCUGAAACAUGAAUACAUUGAAAAUUCUGGAACAAGUCACAACCACAUGGUGGGGAUUGGACCAGUACUGAAUGUUUAUCCUUGGAAUAAAGAGCUUUAUAUGAUUAGGUACAACAACUAUGAUCGUGCUGUCAUCAACACAGUGCCCUAUGACUUGGUGCAUCGUUGGUAUUCUGCACACCGAAUCCUAACCAAUGAGCUGAGGAGGCCUGAGAAUGAGCUGUGGGUGAAACUAAAACCAGGCAAGGUGCUGUUUGUUGAUAACUGGAGGGUCUUACACGGACGGGAGUCCUUCACAGGCUACAGACAGCUUUGUGGCUGCUAUCUUACUAGGGAUGAUGUGCUUAACAUUGCUCGCUUGCUAGGCCUGAAAGGCUGAGAG